AUGUCUUACAUGUUCUCUUCGUCAUUCAUGCCAUCAUUCGCUGCCGAGAAGAUGCUUGAGCACAUUCGAACAGUCAUUGAUGAGCUGGAGGAGCAAGGCGACGGAGUCGGGUCUGACUUCAUGGGCAUGUUUUACCUUCCAAGGGAGACACGGAUACAAGUUGUCCGCAAGCUCAAACAAUGGGCUGAGCCUCUAGGGGAAAGGUACGCCACGAAAAGGCUUCGUCCUCUCAUGAUGGAAAAUCUUGAGAUAGAGAAGUUUCGGAGGAGCAUGAUGUUGAACUUCGAUGCUACCAAAGUUCCGUACGAGAACAGAAGUGACCAAGAGUUCAAUGAGUUAGGUGUCGUCUUUGGCAGCCAAGUGUUCAUCAAAAGACGAGAGCCGGAACUACUGCCACUGCUGGACGCUUUCCGAUCUGGACAGCAAAGUUCCAAGGCGGAGCUCCUGAAGUACAUUGACACUCACUGGGUUACAAAUCCUACAGUUCUUGACAUGGAUUACCAGCCCCGGCGAGAGCAAGAAAUCAGAGCCCCGCAAGGUCUAUCGGAAGUGCCUCCGGGCUUUGACUGGAAUCCUGCGGAGAUGAUCAAAAACUUGCGCAGUAUCUUGAGCACCGAAAAGGAAGAAGACGUUCUCAAAAUUGUGAGCGAAUUUUUCGAGCAUUUCUCACUUGCCAUGAUGACCCUUCAUAGCCGCAUCAAGAUUGAGGUGAUUGCCGGAGAGAUGGCGGACGUAUUGGACCGCAUUAGGCACGGCAACUUGAAGCAUCGCUUGCAGCGACCCAACGAUGUUGAAGCAAUUGACCCUACCCAGUUUCCCCGGGAGUACGACCGCAUUCACAUGAGCAAUAUACCCGACUAUAUUGGCGGGCCUUUGGCUGCUUUUCUCACCGGCGGGCCUCUUCUCCGCCAGGAUCGACCUUCCAACCUAAGGUUUAACAACCUCCUCAACCCUCCCAUGUUCAAAAGUCACGAUCAGUUCCUCGCGGAGUAUGUUCUCAUGCACGAUGCUAAGGAAGUUGAGAGCAAUUUUGGUGUCACCCGGGAAAAGAAUCCUAACCCUCUUGACGUGGAUGAAGCCGCCUUGCAGCAGAUGUUCGGGGGCAACAAAUUCGCAAUUGAGGAUUACUUCAUCUGGGCCAAGUCCAGCACUAAGACCACUCUCAGCAAGCGAUUGAUGUCACGAUCUGCCCUGGAGCGCUGGUUAUAUCUUCACUUGCUCAAGAUUUGUCUUCCCUACCCUCGGCCGAAAUUGUCAGAUCGUCCAGUUCACGCGCCUUUGAACUUGACGACGUUCCUGAGGAUAGUCGGUCAUAUGCACGACGUCGGUUACCCGGCGCACUGGUUAUCGGGCGUGCUAUCCUCUGCUCAGGGUCGGGUAAUGCACUUCGUCCUCGCGAUCUUCAACGCAACUGAAGUCGAUCCGCGCAACUUUGAUCUCCGGGAACUCCUCUCGGACGACGAAGACGGCAACUCAUCGGACUCGGCACGCAAGUUCAGGGAGAAUUCUGUUCACAUUGUGACGGCAUUCAGAUUCUCGACAGCUACACGCACUGCCACGUUCUGGAUGCGCCAAGAUGUACUCGACGAGUUUACGAGCACAGAUUCUUGGCAAAUUUGCAUCUGCCGUACGGACAGCUGGGAAGAAGUCAGUAGUCGGGUGUCUGCAUCUGAGAGCAUGAGCCGUAUAGGCACCUGGGAGCGCGAGUAG